AUGGAUUAUCGAACAGUUGUUAGUGAAGAGAAUGAUGUUCUCGAAGUACCUGAUCAAACAUUGUCACCAUUUAUAGGAUUUGAAACACAAGACGAUCAAAAUAAUGAUGAAAAACAAUUACGUUGGAGUCAUCAAAAAGAUCUAGAUGAUUUUUUUUCUCGAGUAUAUCAAUAUCAUCAACGACAUGGAUUCUUUUGUAUAGUUCUUUCUGAAAUCUUUGCUCUUGUACAAUUUCUAUUUAUUAUUUCUUUUACUAUUCUUAUUAUUCAAUGUAUCGAUUAUCCACUUCUAUUUCGUUCAACACCAUUAGCAAGAAAUAUAACAGAUAAAAUACAAAUUAGUCAAGUUAUUCAAUCGCCUAAACAAUGUCUUCGAAAUAUGCAUUUAAUAACAUCAUUAUGUUUAAUACUUUCAAUUAUUUAUUGGAUUUAUCGUUUGUCACGUGCUAUUUAUAAUAUUCAGUCAUAUUUUAAUAUUCGAGCAUUCUAUACUCAAGCUUUAGAUAUAAAACCAAGUGAUCUACCAAAUAUGACAUGGCAUGAAGUACAACAACGAUUAAUUAUCGCACAACGAACAUAUCAUUUAUGUAUACAUAAAUCAGAUUUAACAGAAUUAGAUAUUCAUAAUCGAUUAUUACGUUUUAAAAAUUAUGAAGUAGCACUAGUGAACAAAGGUAUUUUACCACCGAGAAUAAAUUUACCGAUAUUGGGUGAUAUCAUUUCGUUUACAACUGGUUUGAAAUUUAAUCUACGUUUAAUUCUAUUUUGGGGUCCAUAUGCACCAUUUGAUCAACGAUGGCAUCUACAACAAGAAUAUAAAGUUCAUAGUCAACGUGAAGUGCUAGCUAAACAAUUAUCACGCUUUAUUCUUCUCUAUGGUCUUGCUAAUCUUCUUCUUUCACCAUUUAUAUUUAUUUGGCAAGUAUUAAAUUUAUUCUAUGGUUACACUGAACUUGUUCGACGUGAACCAGGUGUAUUAGGUAGUCGUCGUUGGAGUAAUUAUGGUCGACUUUAUUUACGACAUUUUAAUGAACUUGAUCAUUCACUUAAUCAACGAUUGAAUCGUGGUUAUAAACCAGCAGUAACUUAUAUGUCUUCAUUUGUUAAUUACAGUAUCAUUGAAACAGCAAAAUUUGUUAGUUUUACAACUGGUGCUAUAUUAGCUGUUUUAAUUUUAUUAACAAUUUAUGAUGAAGAUGUACUUAAUGUUGAACAUAUGUUAACAUUAAUUACUGGUCUCGGUGUUUUACUUGGUAUUUGUCGAUCGUUAAUACCUGAUGAAAAUACUGUUUUUGAUCCUGAACAAAUGUUACAACUUGUUCUUGCACAUGUUCAUUAUCAACCUGAUUCAUGGAAAGAUCAUGCACAUACAGAUUAUGUUCAAGCUGAAUUUGGACAAAUGUUUCAAUUAAAAUAUGUUUAUUUUCUUGAAGAACUUUUAAGUCCAUUUAUAACACCAAUUAUUUUAUGUAUUCAAUUACGUCGAAAAUCUUUACAAAUUAUUGAUUUUUUAAGAAAUUAUACAAUUGAUGUUCAAGGUGUUGGAGAUGUUUGUAGUUUUGCUCAAUUAGAUAUAGGAAAACAUGGAGAUUUGAAAUGGUUUGCACCAGUACGUGCAAAACCUGAAAAUGAUACUGGAAUAAUGAAUGAUGGAAAACUUGAAUUAUCAUUAAUGCAUUUUCAUCAUACAAAUCCUAAAUGGCAAAUGCCCAAACAAUGUGAAAUUUAUCUAGAAAAAAUACAAGAACGAGCUAUGGAAAGUAUGCAAACAUCAUCAAUUCUUCAACAAUCACUUAAUCAAAUGCAAAGUUUAAACGUACAAAGAAGCUUUUACAGUGAUCCAACAUCUGCAUCAUCCAUAUCUAAUCGUUCAGUAAUACCAAAACCAUUAAGCAAUUCAAAUACAUAUACUCAUUUUGCUCCAUUAACACAUACAACAACUAGCCUUUCAAUGCAACAACAAUCUCCUUCAAUAAUACAAAGUGGUGCAUCCAAAGCUGAUUUACCUUAUAAAAACUUAGCACCAUUUGGUGUUCUUUCAAAAAUUCAUACGCAAAUGUUUGGUUUAUCAGAUUCAAAUUAUUUAUCUGCUCCAUUACAAGGUUUACCAGGUGCUGCUCAAUUAGAUAUGAAUGUAUCUUGUUUAUUUAUGCAUGAAUUACGACAUAAAUAUAAACAUGGUGAAUAUGAAGAAUUAGAACAUAUCAAUGAAGAUCAAGAUGAUGAAACAAAGUGUUAA